AUGUCCUUCUUCUCAGACGACGACACAUCCCCCCCUGCCAACUCUCGCCAUGCCUCUGGCUCUUCCCGCCAAGCCUCUACCGCCUCUCCUCUCCCCGCCGGCCAACGCGCUCGCUCGACCAGCACUUUCAACACGGAGGCUGCAUCUUCAAACAACGAACGAACACUGAGGGAGUCAUCCUUCGACGAAGAAGAGUUUUACAAGGAGAUUGGUAUCACGUCCGGAAUGCCCGAGUCGCCAGGGAGCGAAAGAGGGUCAAACAUAUUUACACCAUCUGCUGGGCGACGAUACGCACUUUCGUCUCCUGGAGGAACUCCUAGGAGAGCCCGCGAUGGUACCAUUGCCCACGAUCUCGGAUAUCAGCCACAAGGAGGUGUUGAUUGGGCAGCGAUAGAUGAAGAGACCGAUAUCGAAGAUAUGGACCUCGUCCGCAAGAUCGGGGUGGUCUGGACGCGUGAGAGAGGUACAGGGGAUAUCAUUCCCUGGGAGGGCGAGCUGGUCAACGACCUGAUGGACAGACUGGAGCAGCAGCAGAAAAUGUACACUGCGCUUCGGUCGGAUCCUCAGACAUCCGAAGAGGAACAUUUCAAGCUGGUGCUCGUGCAGACGGAAGUGGAGCGAGUCAAAUACUUGGUCAGGUCAUACGUGAGGACCAGGCUACACAAGAUCGAAAAGUUCGCACACCACAUCACCAUUUCCCCCGAGAUACACCACCUUCUAUCGCCUAUAGAGUUGUCACACGCCGAACGAUACACUGAGCUCCUGCACACCCAUUUUCAGCACUCAGUCCUUGAUAGUCUACCGGAAUCCUUUAGACGGCUGGACGAAAAUUUCCCCGAUGGUACUUCAAUGAUCACAAAGCCAAACACGGAGACGCCAGUGAUGGUCUACAUCCGUAAAGAUUGUGGCGAAGUCACUUUGGAAAGCGGCGAUCAAGCGCUCUUGUCGAAAGGGACGACACAUAUAGUAAAACAGAAUCUUGUUGAUCGCUGGGUAUCGCUCGGCUAUGCUGAGGUUCUGUAA